GAUACAGUCGACAAAUACAAGAAUUGUUUUUUUUUUUUUUUUACAAAUUAAUAGUGAUAGUAUAUAUUAAUUUUUAUUUAAUUUAAAAUUAUUAUUAUUUUUUUUUUUAUUUAAAUCAAAAAGAAACAUGAAUAUAUUUAUUGUUGUAUUUGCACUUUUUGCUGCCGGAGCAAGAGCACAAGAUAAUUUUAAAUGUCCAGAUGAUUUUGGUUUUUAUCCACAUCACAUAUCAUGUGAUAAAUAUUGGAAAUGCGAUAAUAAUGUUGCUGAGAUAAAAACAUGUGGUAAUGGUCUUGCAUUUGAUUCAACUGAUUCAAAAUUUUUGAGUGAAAAUUGUGAUUAUCUUCACAAUGUUGAUUGUGGUGAAAGAACACAAUUAGAACCAGCAAUAUCAUCACAAAAUUGUCCACGUGUUUAUGGUAUAUUCCCGGAUCCAAAAAAAUGUGAUACAUUUUGGAAUUGUUGGAAUGGUGAAGCAUCACGUUAUCAAUGCAGUCCUGGACUUGCAUAUGAUCGUGAAGCUCGUGUUUGCAUGUGGGCUGAUCAAGUACCAGAAUGUAAAACUGAAGAGGUUGCUGGAGGAUUUUCAUGUCCUGCUGCUGGUGAAGUAAGUGGAGCAUCAGGAAGCUUUUCACGACAUGCACAUCCAGAUGAUUGCAGAAAAUAUUAUAUUUGUCUUGAAGGAACUGCUAGAGAAUAUGGAUGUCCGAUUGGUACUGUAUUUAAAAUUGGAGAUUCUGAUGGUAGUGGUGCAUGUGCUGAUCCUGAAGAGGUUCAAGGAUGUGAAGACUAUUAUGGCGACUUGGACUUGAAAACAAUCAGAAAAAGUGAACUUUUGACUGGCAUUCAGAGCUCAGGAGAAUCAAGAAAUGUUGCAAAAGGACCAAGUAAACCAAGGCCAACACCAACGCCCUCAAGGCCCACCUCAAGUCAAGAAUAAUUUUAUCUGACUUUGUAAUAAUUUCUUCCCUCGAGGUCGAGAGAAUUUUUUUUUAUUGCUGGAGUGCCAAAGCUGUUAAAAAAAAAAAUAAUAAUCA